GACUUCCAGGGGCCACCACUCACCACCAAACGAUCUCUCUCUCUCUCUAACAUGAUGUUUGUUUCUGUCUUCGUACUCCAAAUGAGCAUCCCAUCUCCUUUACCACCAGCUACUCAUCUCUCGAUACAAAUUUUAACUUCUCUCUUUUGGCUCUGUCCUUUCCAAGAACAGUUGCUCCACCCACCAUUCUAGAUCGAAACCGCAAGCUCCAUCAUCAUAGCACUUGGGCGAUUCUUGAGGAGAAACCACAGUACCCACGAUGCCAAACCUGGUCGUGGAAGUUCUCGAUGCGAGCGAUCUGAAGCCCAAAGACGGGCAAGGGUCGGCGAGCCCGUACGUGGAGGUGGAGUUGGACGAGCAGCGGCAGAGGACGCAGACCAAGCACGGGGACCUCAACCCCCAGUGGAACGAGAAGCUCGCCUUCAACGUCGGCGACCCAAGGAGCCUCCACAACAAGACGAUCGACGUCCUGGUGUACAAUGACACCAAAGGAGGCCAUCGCAGGCAGUUCCUCGGCCGGGUAAGGAUCUCUGGUGCUUCGGUCCCUUUGUCUGAAUCGGAAGCCUCGGUCCAAAGAUACCCACUCGAUAAGCGUGGCCUGUUUUCCCAUAUCAGUGGUGAUAUUUCGCUUAAGAUUUAUGCCACUCAUGAUGGUUUUGAUGCGUACGUGUCGCCCCCAAAUGUUGGUCCUAAUGAUAAUGUUGAAGCUGCAGAGCCACCUCUGCAAGAGCCCGAUUUUAGAGAUACCAAGCUUGGUAACGACCACGUUGGUGUUGAUCAUCAUCAUCAUCAUGAUGAUGUCAAUUUCGAUGAGAAGAAGAAGAAGAAAAAGAAUAAGGACCCGGAAGUGAGGACCUUCCACUCCCUCGGAGCUUCUGCUCCAGCCGGCGCUCCUCCGGCGUCGAGUUUUUUCUCGGGUCCGGGGGUUGAAGCCCAUUUCAUGAAGGAGAAGGCGGCAAGCACCGAGACCAGGGCCGGUUUUGCCCGCGCAGGCCCAGCUUCCGUAAUGCAAAUGCGUAUGCCAGGCCAGAACCCGGAAUUUGCCUUGCAGGAGACUCGACCGCCCGUCGCAGCACACAUGCGCUACCGGGGAGGGGAUAAGACCACGACCACUUAUGAUCUCGUCGAGCAGAUGCGUUAUCUGUAUGUGAAUGUGGUCAAGGCCAAAGAUCUUCCUACAAUGGAUGUUACGGGGAGCCUCGAUCCCUAUGUGGAAGUGAAGGUUGGGAACUACAAAGGAGUCACAAAAUACUUGGAGAAGAACCAGAACCCCGUGUGGCGUCAAAUAUUCGCGUUCUCGAAGGAGCGGUUGCAGUCGAAUUUCCUCGAGGUGAAGGUGAUGGAUAAGGAUACAGUUUCGAAGGACGAUUUCGUGGGGAGGGUCGUUGUGGACAUAUUGGAGGUGCCCGCUCGAGUUCCUCCGGAUAGCCCUCUGGCUCCUCAGUGGUAUAAACUGGAGAACAAGAAAGGAGAGAAAGUCAGAGGAGAGAUCAUGCUUGCCGUGUGGAUUGGAACGCAGGCCGACGAGUCAUUCCCUGAGGCUUGGCAUUCCGAUGCGCACAACAUUAGCCACACUAACAUGCACAAUACUCGAUCCAAGGUCUAUUUCUCGCCGAAGCUCUAUUACCUUCGAGUUCUCAUCAUCGAAGCUCAGGAUCUUGUUCCCACCGAGGGGGGUCGACCGGUCGACACUUACGUGAAGGUUCAGCUAGGGAACCAGGGAAGGGUAACUAGACCUUCCCAAAUGAAGACUGUGAAUCCCAUGUGGCAAGAGGAGCUAAUGUUUGUGGCGUCUGAGCCGUUUGAGGAUUUUAUAAUCGUCUCUGUCGAUGAACGGCUAGGGCCCGGAAAGGAUGAGCCCUUAGGGAGGUUGAUAAUCCCAGUUAGGGAUAUUCGGCAAAGAGCCGAUACCGCCAAGAUGCCUGAGCCGCAGUGGUUCAACCUCCACAAGCCAUCUAUCAUCGAAGAGGGAGAGAAGAAGAAGGAAUUCAAAUUCUCUAGCAAGAUUUGCAUUCGGUUUUGCCUGGAAGGGGGGUAUCAUGUUCUUGACGAGUCCACACAUUUCAGCAGCGAUCUUCAACCGUCGUCGAAGAUCCUAAGGAAGCAGAGCAUUGGAAUUCUCGAGCUCGGGAUCCUGAGCGCUCGAAACUUACUUCCCAUGAAGGGGCACGAAGGCCGAACUACCGACGCCUAUUGUGUAGCCAAGUACGGGAACAAAUGGGUCAGGACCAGGACUCUCCUAGACACCCUGGCUCCUCGGUGGAACGAGCAGUACACUUGGGAAGUUUUCGACUUGUGUACCGUGAUAACGAUCGGAGUUUUCGACAACUGCCACGUCAAUGGAAAAGAUGAGGCUAGAGAUAAGAGAAUUGGGAAAGUGAGAGUUCGCCUUUCCACUUUAGAAGCCGAUCGAGUGUACACUCACUACUACCCCCUCCUCGUCCUCCAAUCCUCCGGCUUGAGGAAGUACGGGGAGCUCCAUUUGGCUCUACGGUUUACUUGCACCGCAUGGGUUAACAUGGUGGCUCAAUAUGGCAGGCCGUUGCUCCCGAAAAUGCACUACAUCCAACCCAUACCGGUUCGGUACAUUGAUUGGCUCCGGCACCAAGCCAUGCAGAUCGUGGCAGCGCGGCUAGCCCGGGCCGAGCCACCCCUCAGGCGCGAAGUUGUGGAAUACAUGUUAGAUGUGGAUGCCCACAUGUUCAGCUUGAGGAGGAGCAAAGCCAAUUUCAACCGGAUCAUGUCCCUUCUUUCGGGUAUCACCGCCAUUUGCAGAUGGUUCGACAGCAUUUGCCACUGGAGGAACCCCGUGACCACCUGUCUCGUUCACAUACUGUUUUUUAUACUCGUUUGCUACCCGGAGUUGAUCUUGCCAACGAUCUUCCUGUACCUUUUCGUGAUCGGUAUUUGCAAUUACCGAUUCAAGACGAGGCUCCCACCUCAUAUGGACGCCCGGCUGUCGCAAGCGGAGAAUGCCCAUCCAGACGAGCUCGAUGAGGAAUUCGACUCAUUUCCCACGUCCAGGCCUCCGGAUAUGGUGAGGAUGAGGUAUGAUCGGCUGCGGAGUAUUGCAGGCAGGGUCCAGACUGUGAUUGGGGAUUUAGCCACACAAGGCGAGCGAGCUCAAUCGAUAUUGAACUGGCGGGACCCGAGGGCAACCGCGAUCUUCAUCAUCUUCGCAUUGAUAUGGGCAGUCAUCAUUUACGUCACUCCGCUCCAGGUUAUUGCCGUUUUGGUCGGGCUCUACCUGCUGAGGCAUCCACGGUUCCGGAGCAGGCUGCCUCCCGUACCGGUCAAUUUCUUCAAGAGAUUGCCGGCCAAGUCAGACAUGCUACUAUAAGGUAGAGUUCAUAUAUAUAUAUAUACAAAUUAUAACUACAUAUGAGUCUUGUCCUAUUGAUUCAAUAUAUAUAUAUAAGACAAUGGUUGACCAAUAAACCUGUAGAUGUGGUAUGUUAGAGCAAUAAUAUGCCAGCCACUUGCUGCCUCAAGUCUAUCAUCACUCAUAUGAAAUCUGGCUUUCCACUAGGACCUGCAUUCUCUCUGUUUCUUUGGAUAAAGGAAAGGGCAGCUCUUGUUCAAUUUCGAUGCUUUAUCGCCUUUGUGGCUCACUAGUAGUGAUUGCUGCAGAAGAACUUUAGUCUGUAGCAUCUAUCAUAUCGUUUUCUUUGUUUGGAA